UUCGACAGUACGACGGCAGGGCUUGUAGUUCCCUCGCUCCCUGAGGGAGCGGAAAUGUGGUGGCAAAUAGGCAGAGAGAGGUUCCUACGGCCGCCAUGAACCCCACUGAGGCGGGGGCAGCAGGCUCGCGACGUGUGACGUUUGACAGGGGGCUCAACGCUGAGGUAGUAAGACGGCGGGGCGGUUGUUGGGGAAACGGAGGGGUCACGUGAGCCAGCCGCGGCCCCGCCCCCGCCCGGGAGAUCACAUGGGCGAGGCUGUCACGUGAGUGUCAGCUGGUCCUCACCACUCUUCCAUCAGGUCGGGGCUCGCAAUGUCGGUGGAGGAGCGGUCACCGCUGCUGGACCCGGCUGUGCAGGAGCAGCAGCACCUCCGUAAAGUAAGGAACGGGAAUUUAUACCUGGCCACAUUUGCAGCUGUGUUGGGCCCCCUUAGUUUUGGAUUUGUUCUUGGUUACAGUUCUCCUGCCAUUCCAGAGCUGGAAUCUGACGUAAACCCGGAUCUGAAACUUGAUUCCACUCAGGCUUCCUGGUUUGGGUCCUUAGUUACCAUUGGAGCAGCUGUGGGUGGCAUCGUAGGAGGAUGGCUGGUUGAUAAACUUGGCAGAAAGCUAAGUCUGAUGUUGUGUGGCCUUCCGUUUAUUAUUGGGUUUACAGUAAUUGUCGGAGCGCGGAAUAUCUGGAUGCUUUACGUUGGGAGAAUCGUGACUGGAUUAGCCAGUGGAAUAACGUCACUAGUUGUGCCAGUUUACAUUUCUGAAACAGCUCAUCCUAAAGUGCGUGGGCUUUUGGGAUCCUGUGUUCAGCUGAUGGUGGUAAUUGGAAUCAUGGGUGCAUACGUUGGGGGAAUGGUUUUGCCUUGGUAUUGGCUCGCUGUGCUCUCGUCCGUCCCACCAACCAUCAUGGUACUACUAAUGUAUUUCAUGCCCGAAACCCCACGAUACCUACUGAGUAGAAACCAAUACUCGGAAGCACUAGCUGCCCUGGCGUGGCUUCGAGGGCCUGAGGUAGAUUAUGAGCAGGAAUGCAGACAGAUUGAAGAGAGCUGCAACGCACAGGAUAGCAAAUUUGCACUGUCUGAUCUUAAAGAUCCAACAGUUUACAAGCCUUUCCUUAUUGGGAUAUUUCUGAUGCUCUUUCAGCAGUUGAGUGGAAUCAAUGCUGUUAUGUUUUAUGCUGAAACCAUCUUUGAGCAUGCAAAUUUUAAGAAUGGCAGUGAAGGUUCAGUAAUAGUUGGUGUUGUUCAAGUGGUUUUCACUGCAAUAGCUGCUCUUAUCAUGGACAAAGCAGGGAGAAAAAUCCUCCUGGCAGUAUCAGCUUUGAUCAUGUCUGCCAGUACAGCAGUCUUUGGGGUAUAUUUUAAAAUCUGGCAAGAAAACUUCAAUAACUCUUCUCUUCACAAGCUUGACGCUAAAAGUUCAGUCUCUGUGGCUGCAGAUGCUCCAACUUGGUUACCUCUUGUCUGUCUGGUUGUUUUUAUAGCAGGGUUUGCUAUUGGCUGUGGUCCAAUUCCAUGGCUGGUGAUGUCGGAGAUAUUUCCGGUAAGGGUGAGAGGCAUUGCAAGUGGAGCCUGUGUCCUAACAAACUGGAUAACUGCAUUCCUAGUAACUAAGGAAUUUAAUGAUCUUCUUGAGAACAUAACUCAAUAUGGGACCUUCUGGCUUUUUUCUGGUUUCUGUUUCCUGAAUCUCCUCUUCACGAUAUUCUUCAUACCUGAAACCAAAGGGAGAACACUGGAACAAAUAGAGGCCCAUUUUAAAGUGUCUGCCUGAGUGCCCACAGACUGAAUGCCUGUUUAAGAUGCUGCUGGACAGUCAGUCACUGAUCUUUAGGUAGUUAACCAAUACUUUGCAGCUAAGUAUUUGGUUGGCAAUACUGCAACCCCAUUUUGUUUACUUAUCUUCAUCCUCUGUGGUUUUAUGGGUGUAUGGCAGAAUCAUUGAGUAUGUGUGUUGGCACUCAGUAACUGAAUUACACCAGCUGAACCGUGGGCCCAAAUUACUCUGCUGCCAUUGCUAUGGUUAAUAUUUCGGAAAAUUUUAAAUAGCCUUUAUCUUGUUUCCAGUGUGUUUACAGAUCAAAGUAGAUUUGUAUUAAUGAUGUUCUGGAGAAAUAUUACUAAGUUUGCAGGCUCCUAUUUCACAUGUUUUAAUUUUCAUUCCAUAUAUCAGGAAAGGUGAGACGGACUUCCUGAUUUUCCUGUUACCCAUUGUCACUUAAUGUCUGUUUAUGUCGCUGUUGUUUAGGAAGCAAUGAAGGUCCUCCAUCUUUGGCGGCACUCAGGGCUUCUUUCAUUGUGUCAGUAGCUUCCUCCUUGUUUUCACUACUAUCAAGUCCCAGGUGGAGACUUGGGUGUAGAAGAAUUCUUCAUUGCUGUAUUCAUAACAGUUUUUUUUUAAACAGCCAAGGUUGUUAGCCUUGAGCUGAACGCCCGAACCUGGAGGACUGGUGGACCAUUCUCAGUCUGACCUCUACCCUUGACCUGCUUGGCAUGGGUGACCCUACGAAGAGCCAAAACAAAAAGAGCCAGCAGAGCUCUCUGGGUCAUUGGGUCCAAAGGCUGUGGUCCUCUUGGAGAAUAAAUGAUGUACUGGAGAGAUAUCACACAGUUUGUUUACUUUGGGAUUAGUUUUAAUAAAUCGUGCACCUUUUUUACAUCUAAGUUUUAAUUUUCAUUCCAUACCUUGGGGGGGGAAGGUGACACUGUCUUUCUGAUUUUUCUGGUGCCCAUUAUCAUACUGACUUAUUUUUUGUCACUCUUGUGCUUUGCUUUUUUAAAUUAAAAAAAAACAGAUUUCAAAGUGUAUUAAGAAAGUACAGUAUGUUACCAUAUACAACCCUAUGGUUGUAUAGAGGCCCAUUUUAAAGAGAGACUGUCUAUGCAAUCAGUUCCUCUGGCCAUCUUAAAGUAAAAUGUCGGCAGGUUUGUACCUGGAGCACAAUAGUCAUAUCUAACUUUUUUGGGAGCUGAAUAUGAUCGGGGAAUAUUCACAUGAGGCAGAGAUCUGAGGAACUGCAGUUAGUGUUAGAAUGGAGCAGCCACAAAGAAGCUGCAGAGCUUGCCUAAAAAUCAAAAAUAAAACAAACCUGAAGUAAAAGCAGAAAAUGGGGGGAAACACUCAGCAGGGUAGUCAGUGUCUACGGAAACAAACAGUUAGUAAUAAACAUGAGAAAUUCUGCAGAUGCUGGAAAUCCAAAACAACAUGCUGGAGGAACUCAGCAGGUCAGGCUGCAUCUAUGGAAAUGAAUAAACAGUCAACCUUUUGAGCCAAGACCCUUCUUCAGGACAGUUAAUAUUGCAUGUCCAAGACCCUUCAUCAUAUCCAACAGUUCUGCUUUUAAUUGCUUACCUCUCUUGUAGAGAAUGGGUGACAGAGUUUGACUGCCUAAAGCACAGAAACAAUCUUAAAAUGGAUGAUUCAAUGCAAGUAUUUUAUUUGCUUAAGACCAGGGGAUGAAAGUGGACAGGAAAUAAAGAAAUUUCACCGUAGGGCAGAAUAUUUGAGACGUCUUGAUUUGACCACAGCAUCUACAGUGUACUUUGUGUUUAGAAUAUUUGAGAGCCAUUAUUUUAAUUACUGUGUUCCAAACUUGGUGUUCAGUAGGGCCAUUUUGUUUUAAUGCAGAAAUGGGUAAACUUUAUGCCAUCUUAAGCUUUAACUUGAAGGACACACAUGUUCUUUGCCUUGAUAUUUGGUGCAUGUUUACUUUUAAUGUAUCCUAUGUUUAACACUACCUCACUGCAAUUAUUUAAUCUGUGAAGCAUACCAUGUUUAAAUGUUUUAUUGAUUGUGUCUGCUGAUACUGCAAGUUAUUUAAAUGAAACUAACGUAAUUGUAUGCCAAUCCAUAAUAUUGAGAACUUGACGUUCUUAAUUAAAGUAGAAAAUAAAAGGCCUGUUGGUAAAUUGAAUGUUGUUUUAGCUUUUCUAUUUGCAGUGCUUUUUGUUCAGUUGUGGUUUUAUCCUUUUGACCAAGCUUACUCUCAAUUAAUGCAGGGGACAAAGUGAAAGUUAAUUAUUUUAAUUUUCUUUUAAUAUUUCCCAAGCUUACUGAUAGUUUAAUCUGUAAAUCAUGUGUUUGCACUGUUUAUUGAUUGUUAAAUGGUCUGCUGAUACUAUGAGUCAUUUAAAUGAAGCUAACAUAAGUGUAUGCCAAUCUAUAGUAUUAUUGAGAACUUGACAUUUCUGAUUAAAGUAGAAAAACAUCUAUUGGUAAAUAGAAUGUUUUUGUUUUUCUGUUUUCAGUGUUUUUAUUCAGUAACGAUAUUAUGAUGUGCUACUGCCUGUUACGCCACUGGGGUUUAGGGCAGCAAUGAAGGCCCCCUCUGUCUUGGGUGUUAAGGGCUUCCUUCAUCAUGUCAGUUUCCUCUUGGUUUUCACUACUAUCAGUCAUGCAAUUCCCGGGCGAAGACUCAGGAAUGCCAUUGCACUCAGAUGUUUCCAUCACAUUUUUUUUUAACCAGUCAGGGUUGUUAGCCCUGAGCUGAUCACCAAACCUGGGGGACCGGUGGACCACGCUUAUUCUGCACUCUACGCUUUGACCUGUUUGGCAUGGGUGACCCUACUAAGAGCCAAAGUAUAAAGCCCUGACUCCAGCCAACAUAGCUCUCUGGGUCAUUGAGGCAUGCAAGCUUCCAAACCGCAGCAAUAAUUAAUAAUCAUUAGUAAUGAUCAUUUUUGUCAUUUUUUUUCUUGUCCUCUUCUCCAAGUAAGCUUGCUUUGAACUAAUGUAAAGAACGCGAGUGAAAUUCAUUGAUGAAAGCCAGGUGCAGUGCAAGAUUAUCAAACAAGUAGAAAUAUCCCUUCCCUUGCAUGAGAAAGGCUAUGUGCAUAGAUUAGUUAUUGUAAUAUGCUGUCUAUUUCAGAGAUGUAUUGAUAACUUUUGCGAAUAAAACAUUGAUUCAAAGUUCAAAGUAAAUUUAUUA